AUGUAUGGAGGAAAGCUGAGGGCGCUGAGGAAGGUGAAGGUAUAUGGAUCCCAAGAUUCGAUAUUCAUUGUUGGAUUAAACAAAAAGGAAGAGUCAUAUGAAAUUACAGAAUUAGCUAGAAGCAAAGAAAUCGAAAUAAAGCAACAUUUUGAGGUACACAAAAAAAUAACAUAUAGGAAUUUUAUAAGAAAGAAGGGAUUAGAAUAUGUAUGCAAGUGUGAGGGAAUAUUAGGAUGCAUUAAAUUUUUAAACUAUCCAUACUUGUAUGCUAUUACAAAGAAAGAAAAAGUAGCCCUUUUAUUUAACGAACAUCAAGUUUAUAACGUGAAAUCUAUAUUACUAAUCCCUUUUAGAGAUGAUGUAUAUGACAAUUUCAAUAAUGAAAAUGAACUAGUACAGAUAUUUUACAAUAGUGUAAAUCACAAAUAUAUGUAUUUUUCAUAUACAUACAACUUACCUUGCUGUGUUCAAGAGAAUUUUUAUAUACAAAAAGAACUUCUUAAAGGUAAUGAGGUUCACGGAGCGAAUUGUAAAAAUGUGUAUAUAUGGAAUUAUUACCAUUGUAAACCUUUUAUCCGAAAAAAUAUAUUUAUAUGUGUAUUAGUUAUUAAUGGUUUUUUAACACAAUCUAAAUUUUCUUGUAUGGGCAAUUGGGUAGAUGUCACAUUUAUCGCUAGAAGGUCUAUUAAAUAUGCAGGGACAAGGUAUCGAAAAAGAGGAGUUAAUGCAAAAGGGUAUUCAGCAAAUGAAGUGGAAACAGAAAUAAUUUUAUUUAAAAAGAAUUAUGAUAGUGCUAUCUUGUCUUAUGUUCAAUUGAGAGGUUCUGUUCCAAUAUUAUGGAAUCAAUCAGUUACAUUUCAGAUUUUGAAGAGACCCAAAAUAAAGUGUGUAAAAAAUGACAUAGAUUUUACCUGCACAAAAAGACAUUUUCAACAUUUGUUGAAAAGAUAUGGAUAUCCAAUAACUGUUAUAAAUCUGUUAAGCCAAAAAAAACAUUCGGAUGAAAAUAAUUUAUCGAAAGAAUAUGAAACUUGUAUAAAAAUUAUCAAUAAGAAUAUUCCUCCACCUAUUCGCAUUAUUUAUAAACAUUUAGAUUUAAGAAAAGCAUAUAAAAUUGGAACCAAGUACACUUUACAGAAUCUCAAGUUACUUUUUCUCUUUUCUCAGAAUAAGGUGGGAUAUUUUUAUCUACUCAACAAUAAAGUGCUUAUGAUUCAAAGAGGUAUUUUUAGAUUCAAUUGUGUGGACUGCUUGGAUCGGACAAAUGCCGCACAGUUAUUUAUGAAUAUGUACAUGUUUGUACAUUUCCUUAAACUUAUUAAUCAGAUGAAGAACAAUUCAUUUUGUGUAAAUCAUAUUUCACAUCUCUCUCACAUGUAUGAACAUCUUGGGGAUGCCAUAUCUAAACAGUAUGCAGGUUCUACUGCACACAAGAAGUAUACUCCAGGACAAGGUACAAACUUUUUUGUUCAAUCGAAGGAAUUACUUACAUCUUUGAAGCGAUAUUACAUUAGUUCCUUUAAUGAUUUGGAAAAGCAAAAGUCCAUAAAUUUGUUUCUCGGUGUGAUGGAUGAUAAGCUUGACGAUAUCCAGGAUGCCCACGACUUGGACACAUAUGUGCAUGGGUGCAUUUUUUUUAAAUCCCCGCGCGCCGAUUCUUACCACUAUUGGUGGGUUCUACCUCUGGAGCGCUUCUACCGAAAGGUGGAGUUGCUGCUAGGGAGGAGAGGCGAGGGCGGUGAUAGAAGUAGAAGAAGUGAUAGAAGUGAUAGAAGCAGGAGGAGCGAGAGAAGUGAUAGAAGCAGGAGGAGCGAGAGAAGUGAUAGAAGCAGGAGGAGCGAGAGAAGUGAUAGAAUCGGUUUGGAAGGUUUAGGGUUUAGAACCCAUUUUGGGCGAGGGGAAGGUGGCGCCCCAUGGAACGGAUGGACACGAUCCAAAGGAUUCGUCAAACGUGGGAGGAAGACAUGGAAAACCAGGAAUGAGAAGAAGAUGAAGAAGAAGAAGAAGAGGAAGCAAGACAUUCCCAGCUUGCACCAGAAUUUGAAGUUCUACCAUCGCUGCUUCAGCAGAAAUAAUGUAUUCAAAAACAUUUACAAUGCACACAAUCUGCACAAUUGCUUCAUAGCUGGAAGUUUAGGUAUUGCUGGAAACAAUCCCCAAGAUGGUAAUAUGCCAAAGGAGGGGAGGAACCCUGUUCCUACGGUUAGAAGAGAAUUAACAACAAGAAAUACUGUAUUCAGAGUUCAUAAUAAGAUGCAGAAUGACAUAGUGCAAGAGAAAGUGCAGGUGAAAAUGAAAAAAUGGGACAUGCAUGUGCUAUCUCCCUUCGAACGAUCAUUUAAUCACAUCGGAUACGUAUGCAAAUUUUACAAUGUUUACAAAAAUGAUUUCAGUACUCAUUUCAAAAAUCAGAACAUUUUUAGAUUCCGUGCAUGGAGAUUGAUAGCCACAUAUAAUUAUCUUAAUUAUGUAAAAAUUUUCUUUGAUUUUUUUUUCCUCUUUUACUACUGCUUCUGCAUUCAUUAUAGUGUAAAUAUGGUCUACAUGCAGCAUAUAAAUGUCCUGUCUGAGAAGUUUGGUGGGGUCGAAAAUGGCAAGGAGAGACGGAUCCAAAUGGGUGAGCCGAAUGGGCAGAGCGAGACAAACAAGCUGAGUGAAUCGAACGAGCUAAGUUCAACGGUAGAAGAAAAUAAUUUAUACGAGUUUUUUCCCCUGAUCAAUAUACAUACAUCUGAAAAAGAUGUACAAAGCGUGAUACGGCAUUUUGAACAUUACAAAAAAAUGCCUUUUUCAUUAGAACCUUAUUUGGUUUAUGACAAUCUUAAUAAACAUCCCUAUCAGUAUAUGCUAAUGAAUCUGCGUUCGACUUGGUCACGUGGAAAAAAAUCGGGAAGAUGCAAUCCAUUAGUGAAAGAACGUUUAUCCAGAUGGAUUUGCAGAAGGGGUGAGCGUCAGGGGAUGAUAGAGAAAAGUAAAAACGUUGAGAUUGGGGGAGAAACAAACGAAGGAUUAGAAGAGAAUCUCCCACCAAUGUGUACAAAAAGACACAUGAACCAAAUAAGAGAACGAGUUAUGAAUGGAAAAGGAGCUUCGCCAUAUUAUGGAAGAUCUUAUAAGAGACCUCAAAAAAGAGAUUGUGAAAAAAGGAAAAAACGGAAGAAGCAAGUGGAUGCGUUGGGAAAUCAGAUAAAUAAAAUGCCGCGCGUGUACUGUCCUCUGUACUUUAAUGUAAACAUAAUAAAAUUUUUUCUUUUCAUAUACAAUAAUUAUUGUGAUAAUGGGAUUACUCAUGAGAGGAUUGAUCUUGACAUGUGUCCAAAGUCCAUGAUAAAGGUAAAAGAAAUGGUGAUAGAUAUGUGUAGAAAGCACACACAAGAAUGUAACAAUUUGGAAGUAAUGUCUUUUGCACCACGAUCGGCAUUGUAUAACAUGAAAUUAUUCAUUGAUCAAGCGAUUCGCUCACAAUCCCUUGAGGGUUUUCUUAGCGAUUUGUACAUGAAUUAUAUUUAUAAGAUCCAUGAAUAUAAGGAGUUAAAUAUAGAGAGUAUCGCAAAUUCAUAUAUAUCAGUCUGUAGCAAUGCAAAAAAAAAUAUAAAAAAAAAAAAAAAAAAAGCAAAAGGAAAAAAGUACCUUUUAGAUGAGUAUGGCGAGGACUCCUUUGAAUAUAAUUUAAAGAAAAAAAAAAAAAAAAAAAAAAUUCUUCUAAUCGAUAAGAAAAUAAAAAAUGAAAUUAACAAGAAUUAUAAAAAUAUGAGCACUACAUAUUCAUCCAUUAAACAUUUUGAAAAAUACUAUUUUGAUAAAAUGAGCGAAUUCCAAAAAAAGGACAAGCAAAUAAAAACAUUUUUUUUUGACAGAACCAACAUUGUACGCACAGAUAUGGUUAAUCAUCGUUAUUAUAAUAAGUACCUUAUGGAGACUCCUUUGCAUUAUGUUAAUUUCAAUCAAGAUACAAAUAUGUCAAAACUAUAUUCCCCUCAUCUGUCCGACUUUAACAUUUUCCAUCAUACAAUCGAAUCGAAUGUAGAUUAUCAGCAGUAUUGUGAUCCUCUCUCCCACCAAAUAUUCCGACAUUAG